AUGUACAUCACCCACCUCAUGCUGAGGAAAGGUGAACCAAUGACAACACACGACGACUUCAGUAAAGAAUGGCGCUUUCUGGAAUACAUAGAGAUCAAGGACUGGAGCUCAGCUCUGCCUCCGAGGACGAUAGCUACACACUUGAUGGUUAAAACAAUGGUGACGGGUGAAGGGAAGUACAUCUAUGUCGCCCGCAAUCCAUGGGACGUUUGCGUCUCGUUCUACCACAUGCUGACCAACAUGAGUCAGUUUGAAUUCCAGGAUGGCAAAUUUGAAGACUUUGUUGACACAUUUCUCAAUGGAGACUUCGGCUAUGGGGACUACUUCGAGCACGUUGCGUGGGGCUAUUCUCUAAGAGAACAACCGAACGUAUUUUUCGUGACUUAUGAAGAACUAAAAAGGAACCUACGGGAUGUAGUUCUAAAACUGGCGUUCUUUCUUGGAGAGCAGUAUGGUUGUGCUUUGGAAAGCAACGAGCCGAUGCUGCAAGAGCUCCUCGAGAGGUCGAAUUGCGAUAACAUGCAACCUGUUGUGGUCGUCAACUUCAAUGGCAGUGCGAAUCCUCACUGGGACAAAGUGAUAACUCAGAGAAAGGUUACGUGUAAAGAAGGUUAUGAGGGUGACGAGAACAGGUACGCGAUUGUGAGAAAGGCCAAUGCUGGUGAUUGGAGGGAGCACUUCACACCUGACCUCUUGCAGCGAAUGGAGAAUAGGAUUCUUGAGGUGGAGAAGCAAUCACCGGUCAUGAACCUCUGGAAUGACAUACGAGCAGAAGCGAUUAAGUGCAUUGCAAAUUCCAAAUAA